AUGUACUUCGGCUUGCAGACGGGAUGGGUGAGCAUCAUGAGCAUGCCGGCGUCUCUGAUGGGGUUCGGCGUUUUUAGACUUUUGACGCAACGCCUCAAAUUCCCAUUUAGCCCCGUGGAGAAUGUUUUGGUCCAGACGGUGGCGGGGUCGAUGGCUAUCAUGCCUUUGGGGUGCGGUUUCGUGGGGGUUAUUCCGGCGAUGCAAUUUUUGCUAAGGGACGAGGAGUCCGGAGGGGGUAGUAACGGGAAGGGAGGGCUGGAUUUGGGAUUGGGGCAGUUGGUGAUUUGGGGGUUGGGAUUGUGUUAUUUCGGGGUGGUGUUUGGGGUCCCCCUCAGGAGACAGGUGAUUAUUCGCGAGCAGCUCAAGUUUCCCAGUGGGUUCAGCACCGCGGUGUUGAUAUCGGUGUUGCAUGGCAAGACGAGGCAGAAGGUGAGCGAGAGCGAGAGCCAUGAGGAUCCGGCGACUUUUGCAAGCUUGGCGGCGCAGGAGGAGUCAGGCAGCGCUGUUGUUGCUGUUUCGGGGUCGGGUGACAACAACAACGACAACAACACGGGGAGGGAAGAGGUGGAGGCGGCGGAACCUCACUCGGCUUCGUGGAAACGGAAUCUGAACUUGCUGCUGGUCUGCUUCCUUGUCUCGGGCAUUUUCACCUUGUCGACGUACUUCGUCCCGGCUCUCAGGUCCAUUCCCAUCUUCGGCAGCUACCUCGCCACGACCUGGCUGUGGACGCUCAACCCCAGCUUGGCCUAUGUCGGACAGGGCAUCAUCAUGGGUCCCGCCACGACGCUGCACAUGCUUUUGGGGGCCGUGAUCGGAUGGGGCGUGCUCUCACCGCUGGCGAAGAACCGGGGCUGGGCGCCGGGCGAUGUGGAUGACUGGGAAAAGGGAAGCAAAGGGUGGAUUGUCUGGGUCAGCUUGGCCAUCAUGCUGGCUGACUCCGUAGUCAGUUUGGGGUGGCUGGCUGGGCGGUCGGUAGUGCGAGUCCAGGGCGUGAGACAGGCGGUUAGGUGGGCUGUGAUUCAAGGACGGGGCAUCGUGCAAAAGGCGAAGGAGGCUUUGGGCCGGGGCGAUAAGACGAGAAGACCAGUGGCGAGGUCGGGUUAUAGGGCCAUCAGCACCGGAGGGCCGACGAGACCAAGGUUAGGGAGACGACUUUCCGAUAUCAGCGAGGCUUCGAACUCCGACGAUGACGACAACGACAACGAGGAGUACACCCACCUAAACAGCGGGUACAGUGGUUUGAGACAACGACACUCUUCAGGCCUGAACCUCAUCCACGAGGAAGAUCUCGAAGAAGAAAAGGAUGAGGAAUACGAUGACGCCCCGCCGACCAGCAAGUCAGCGACAAGACCGUCGCCAUCGGGUUGGUGCUUUCCAUCGUCUUCUGCAUCGGCUGCAUCCACUUUGUGUUUGGCAACCUCGUGCCCCUUUACGCCACCGUCACGGCCCAAGCUGGCACAGCUAUUCUUCGCGUUCAUCAUCCCGCAGUCAAACAAGAACAGCGUCCUGAUCAAUCUCGUUGCUGGAGCUGUUUCCGAGGCGGGCGCCCUCCAAGCCGGUGACCUCAUGCAAGACCUCAAAACAGGCCACCUCCUCGGCGCCGCCCCCAAAGCCCAGUUCUACGGGCAAGUCAUCGGCGCCACCGUCGGCGCCGUCGUCAGCGCUUUCAUCUACAAGCUCUACACGGUUGUCUAUACCAUCCCCGGUCCGUUAUUCCAGGUUCCCACGGGCUACGUGUGGAUCUUCACCGCUCGUUUAGUAACUGGCGAAGGUCUGCCGCCCAUGGCGAAGGAGUGGGCGAUCGGUUCUGCGGCGCUGUUCGCUGUCACUACGGCUGCAAGGAUCGUUAUCGUUGAUAAACUCGGUGGCGAGAAGGGUAAGAAGUGGCAGGCCCUGAUACCUGGAGGAAUCGCGGUGGCGGUGGGUAUGUACAAUGUGCCUAGUUUUACGAUUGCGAGGACGAUUGGCGGGUUGCUGGGGUGGUGGUGGAAGGGCGUGAUGGGGUGGCAGGAUACGCCGUUGAUUGUUUUGGCUUCGGGCUUCAUCCUCGGCGAGGGUUUCCUGAGUAUUGUGAACUUGAUCAUGCAGAGUGCUGGUGUUCCUCAUCUUUAG